CCAACCCGCCACCACCAACGAACGAACUACGGCGGCGGGAAAAGUGCGUUGUUUUGCAGUCGGUUUACUUCAAGUCCUCGCUGGAACACCGCGCCCUCUCCCUAUUCGAUACCUCAUAGUACCCAGAUAUCUCAUUGCUUUUUCUUCUUGCUCAACAAUCUGGACACUUUUGUUGAUCGUCCCUCCCCCCAAUUGACUUUACACAUAUUCUCAUUGUCAUACUUUUAGCUAUCGUGGAUUUCCACCAUGGCUGCUGAACAUGAAGAACGGGAACUGGAAGUGGCUGAAACACAAGUGCAUCACGGAGAUGGCAGUCCUUUGGUUGAAAUUGUCCCAUUGCCAGCAGAAUCAGGCAACGAUGAGUCUGCUGAAAGCAAAGAUCAGUCUUCUGCCCGGCACGUCGUGGAGGAACAAGAGAACGCAGUAGAAAAAGGGACCUCGGAGACAGUGAAUAUUGAGACUGGCAAUGAAGAGCCAUACCCUUCAGAUUCAAUUCCAGUGGCGACUGACGAUAUUGUCCACGAAUAUGAUUUGAUCAACAGUGUGGUGCUCACCGACCGCACCGAACACGUCGAAUCAAAUCUGGACUUCGUGACAACGAAGGAGAAUAUUCGAACUGACGAUGAGACCGUCCCUGCCGAUGCUCUUGUGGACGAUCGGGAUUCCUCCGGCGAGCCACACCCAAAAGUCAUGAGCGAUACGAACGUUGACGAUCGUACUGUGGAUAUGGCUGGGUCGGUGAAUAGUGUUUUUACAGACCGCGUACAUGAAUACGAGGUUGUUGACACCCCAGAACUCGGCGGUACACCCGAUCUUGUUGAGGCUGUUUCAAAGUCACCAUCGCCAGUUUGUGUUGGUGAGCUAAAGUCGCAUCAGACUGGACCCAGCACGUCUCCUGAUGUACAUGCUGCUGCCGACAUUCUCGAGGAAUUCAUUGCCGGCACUCCAACUGAGAACCUCAACGAACUUCUCGAAGGCUUAGCUGAGAACACGAAAUCUACGAAAUCUACCGAACACGUUGAUCCAGUCCCAGAUGCCAACGUCAUUCAGGAGAGAGAUUUACAUAUCCAACCAGAAGAGAACCCCACCAGCAUCCCAGUUGAGCGGUCGUCGGAAGUUGAGGAUAUCACGCCUUCUGCAGUCGUUGCGUCCGUUGAAGAGAUUACAAUGGAUGGUAGCGAUCCUGCAUAUGCGGACAUCACUGCGCUCCCGCUGGUUAGCAAUGUGCUUUCCGAAGGUAACACAGUGGAUCUAACUGAAUCUGUAACCGAGGUCAAGCAAGAUAUUGCAGAUGAUGUCCCAGCGGAUUCUUCCGCAAAUGGCGAGACAUUGGCCGAUGUUAUCAAUGUCGUUGAAAUUGAAAACAAGUCUCAAAGCUCCGAAGGAGCGAUAGCCGGAGAACCUGCUGUAGGAGAUCCACCUGUUGCUAGCGCAGCGGAGGAACAGUCUUCUGACACUUUCCAGAUCAAAGACACACCUGUGGAACAGGAAGACCAUACUGGCAAUAAACAAUCUUUUGAAAAGAUUGUGGCUACAGAGGAACCCAAGACGAAUGCCAUCGAGGUACCUCGGGCAGAAAUUCAGGAGGAAGUCAAAGAAGAGCCCAAGCCACAGUCUCAGAAAGAAGAACCCAAAGAAGAUCAGAAACCCGUACAGGAACCUAUAACCUCCCCCGUUAUUCAUCCUACCCCUCCUCAAACUCCUCCGCCAAAGCCUGCCCAUCUCUUUUCCGACUACCGUCGCGUGUCAAGGAGCUUGGAGCGCCUUGUCUCUGCCGCUUCAUCCCCAGCACCGUCUCCGAUAGCUCGUACAGCUGCACACGGUGAAGUCCUGCCAGUAUCCGCAAUAACUGCCGCAGUGCGCGCUACAAACCCUAUUUUGGAUGAGCUUCUCUACUCUUUGAACCUGAUACAGAACAAUGACGAAUCACUGGUGGAUUUGGACUUGACAGACUGCCCCGUGUUCCGGAUUGUGCAUGGAACUGCUUUGGCUGGCGGUCUUUUGAAGAAUACCCAUUUGAAGAAGGUGGCGUUGAAGGGUGUUGGGUUCCAAACCCAGAAUGCAAUUGAGCUUGCUGAAGCGUUGAAGCACAAUACGACACUUGAGGUGCUUGAUUUGUCAAAUAACCAGAUUGCGCCUGCUGGGAUCAAAGCUCUGGCCGAAAUGCUCCAAGAGAAUCAAGGGUUGAAGGAACUACGAUUGUCACAACAACGCGCCCCAGCCGGAACAGACGCCGAACAAAGCCUCGCCCGAGCAUUGGCCAAGAACGAAACCCUCACACGGCUCAGUUUGCAAAUCCGUGAUGUAGCCUCUCGCAACGCAAUUGACCGAAGCAUAACGAGGAACAAGGAAAUCGCUCGGAAAAAGCGCUGGGCAGCUCAACAAGCAUAGUAAGUUUUGCGCAUCCAUGGGCGAAGGGCGACGGGUUCGGUUCUACUUGGGAUGGAUUGCAUUAUGUGAUCGGCUAGAAUCAUGUAGAACAUCUGUAUGCAUAUAGGUAUCAUUUGUUUUAGCGAAUUUUUUGCAUAGUUUGGCUGUGACGGCGAGUGGCCUGGAGACAAAAAUAGGAUUGUAUCAUUUGUUGCAGC